AUAUAUUUAUGGCAUGACAUGUCGAUCUGAGCCUUUGGAGGCUGGAUCAUUGCCCUCCAGCUCUCUUCUGUUGACACCUAACGGAGGCAGCCAGUGACUGCCACCUCUCAAUAAAGUGCACGUGCCAUCUAGAAAAUCAUAUGAAAUUAAAAUGCCUGGUCUGUCCGUCCUGGGUGAGCGCGCAAGUUCCCAUGCUCUGCUGCUGCCCCAUCAAUGAAGAAACCUCCAUUCCAUUGCUCUUGCACGUAUUACAUAUACCGCUCCACAGUUCACACCCCAAACACCCCCUCCUCUCUUUCAAGUCUCAACUCUCACGCAUUCAUGGAUGUUGUUCACCGCAAUAGCCUAUAGGAGUGGAGAGAACUGAGGUGGUCAUGUCUUUUGCCUAUUCCCAGAAAGAUAAUCUGCACCAUACCAAGAUACAAGGUCAAAGGCAAAAAUGCUUCUGAGGAGCUCAUCAACUUCUGCAGCUGGACCCUUGUUUUCACCCUUCUCGGACGGCCCUAAUAGAGACUUUGAGGCUGUUAACAACACCCACACCAACCACAUCAAACACCAACCAGUGUUUCAUGAUCACAAACUGUCAUUUCCUCACGGUUUGCAGCAUCUCAACUUGACACCAUUAUCAGGCCACAGCAUCUCAUCUCCAUUGUCUGAACUCGAUCAAGAAAAGGGUAGUUCUCGAAUUAACAGCCUUCGAAGAGCUUCGUCGGAUAGUAAUUUGGAAAGUUUUGUCUAUACAUCUUCUUGUGAUCAAGAAGAAUUUCGUAACUCAACUACUACAUCAAAGAAAUUUCAAUAUAGACAUCACAAGAGAAUGUUGCACUCUUCACCUUCUUUUUCGAUAUUUUACAAAAAUGAUGAACUAGAGGAUGAAGGACACAAUGGAACAGAUGUGGGAAGAGAAGAAGAAUUGAUGAGAACUAUUACAAUUAGAGAAAACAUAGAAUCUAUUGGUAGCGGGGACUUCAGUUUUGGAAAGACGAGUAUGGGGUUAAUAGAGGAGGAAGGAGAGAAGGAGCAGGAACAAGAUUCAAACGGAAUUGAGAAUUUCGAUAUUGAAGAAGUAAGGGAACCGGCUAGUCCUCCCCUGUAUCUUGCUGCUGGGCUUGGGAUUGAUGAUAUAGAUCUCGGUGGUAAUAGUGGUGGCGGUGGUGGUUUUCAUUUAAGUUUUCCAAACUUUGAUGAAGAUGAUGAUGUGGAAGAGUAUUAUAAGAGGAUGAUUGAUGAGAAUCCUUUCCACCCUUUGCUCCUCUCAAAUUAUGCUCGGCUGUUGCAGUCCAAGGGAGACCUUCAUGGAGCUGAGGAAUAUUAUCGUCUUGCAACACUGGCAGCUCCUGCAGACGGUGAAAUUCUGAUGCAGUAUGCGAAACUGGAAUGGGAGCUGAACCAUGAUCAAGAUAGAGCAUUAAUUAACUUUGAGCGUGCAGUUCAGUCAGCCCCUCAAGACAGCAAUGUUCUUGCAGCUUAUGCCAGCUUUCUCUGGGAAAUAGAAGACGAUGGGGAAGGAAAUACAUUUCAACCAGAAUUUAUCCAGGAUUUUAAACUGUUGCAGCUUCCAUCUGAGCAUCAUAUUGAUCUGGAAGACCAUGCUGCAUCUGAUGCCAACAAGGAUCGCGAUGCUGAGGAGUAUUAUAGAGCGAUGGUAGAGACAAAUCCUUGCAACUCUUUGGUUCUAAGAAAUUAUGCUGAGUUUCUGUAUCAGUCCAAGAGAGACCUUAAAGGGGCUGAGGAAUACUUCUCCCGGGCCAUACUGGCUGAUCCUGGUGAUGGAGAAAUCCUGUCGCAAUAUGCAAAAUUGGUGUGGGAACUUUAUCGUGACCAUGAUAAAGCCUUGUGUUAUUUUAAACAAUCAAUUCAAGCAACUCCUGCGGACAGCUAUGUUCUCGCAGCUUAUGCUAGUUUCCUAUGGGAAACAGAGGAAAAUGAAGAAGAUAGCACGAGUCAGUUCGAGAUGCCCAAUCACAAUGACGGUGCAGUAGCUGCUGCCAAUGCUCAAGUGCAUCAUAAAUACUAGACCAGGACUAUAGUUACGAAUGCUUUAUCAGAAGCAAAACAAUAGGAAUGCCAUUAAGAUAUAAGCUCCAACUGAAUAAACUAAAAUGUUGUUAAAAUUGAGAGAAAUUGCAGCUAAAUUAACAACACUUUCUGACGAUUUUCCCA